AUGGAAGUGGAGAGCGAGACUGCAAACGUCGAAACCACUAACGGCGGCGGUGGCGGCCAAACCGGUAAGUCACUGGAGCCAAUGCGGCGGCCAACAUUUAAAGAGAAAGUGCUAGGGAAGAAAGCGGUGGAGGAAAAAAGGAAGCAGGUACGUAAUCUUGUUGACGCUGGUAUCAUGAAGAAGGACCUUGUGGAUGGGAAAAACUAUUUCCCAAUGUUUGAUUUUAAGGAUGACGACUCCUAUGAAGCAAUCUGCAAACCAUUUGAGGACUGUUUGGUGGUGCAACUGCUUGGCAAGAGCAUUGGCUACAAAGCCCUGUGUGAUAGGCUCCAAUUCUUAUGGAAAUCGACUGGUGGCUUUGAGGUUCGAGAUCUACAUCAUGGGUACUUUCUAAUUCAGUUUGAUCUCACAGAGGACAGGGAACGUGCCAUGGCUGGAGCGCCAUGGAUGAUUUACGAUCAUUAUCUUGCUGUUAAACCAUGGACCCCGGAUUUUGUGGCUGCAAAUUCGAAGAUAAGCAUGACGGCGGUUUGGAUACGCAUCCCUGGGUUGGGGUUCCAGUUCUAUGAUGAAAGCAUCUUGGUAACCCUAGCGUCAACAGUUGGCACACCUAUUCACGUUGAUAUGAACACGACUGACAUGUAG